AUGAUCCCGAAGACGGAGGAGCAAUCUCGUCGAGAUGUGCACCCACCUCAGAUUCAGAAGAUGGAGGAACAAUUUCGUCGCGAUCCACGCCCACCUGAGAUCCAGCGGGGGGGAGUAGAGGAGGCGGCUCCUCUUACAAAGACGAGGUCGGUGAAGAGCAUCAUAGAAUUAGAGACGCCUCUAGAUAGACUGAGGUAUCUCGACGAGUUGCAGGAGAGGAUCAAUGUGAUGGAGGCGGAAUAUCUUCGCAAGAAUGGGAUCCAGAGGAGGGACGAGGAGAAGCUUCCUAGAGAGGAGCAGGAGAUUGAGGACUACCGUAAACAAUGGGAGAGCUGCUAUGGCUGCAGCUUCGGUUCCUUUGACGCAGAAACUUCCCUUGGUCAUGUGUACUGUGCAACAGGAACCAUCCCACCAGAUGCUCUCCCGGAGUGUUCCUUGCAGUUCUUUUCCAUCAAAGUCACCGACCUAAGCUAUAGCCUCAGCUGGCCACUGCAGGUCCAUGGCUUUGUUGCUGCCAGGGACUCGGUAGAUCAUAAACGCAACUAUCUCUUCAGAUGCACCAGGGAUAGCUGCCAAACCCUCACUAAAAAGGAUCCAUUCCUGCGCAUGACAGGCCCAUCUCGAGCGGUUCUGUUAAUUGACAAAGUUGUGGUUGAAGUUCAGUUAAAAAUAAAGGGUGACAAAGAGUCUGAAGAUGAAGUAUUGGCUUUCAAAUGUUUUGAAUUCCAGCAAAGUUGUCCGUUGAAAGAUGGCAUCCCUACACGCAUUCCAGGCCAGCGCUGCAAGCUUGAGUGUGCUUUGGCAGUGCUGCCUAAGUCAAUUGGGGCCACUGUGGGUUUCCGAAUUGUGGAUGGGUCAUGGCCCAAUCAAUGCCCAGGGUUGAUUGUUUGCAAGACCGACAAUGCAAAAGAAGGGGAAGUGGUACUGUUGCUUGAUUUUCAAGAUGGGAAACUGCCUACCAAGUCUGAUGGUGUGGUUGAGCUCUCGAGGCGGCUUGUUUCCGUAGGUUUCCCAGCAGGCAAACUGAUCUUUUCUGUCGAGGCCUCUCGUAAUAGCUUUUCUGCAAAAGCCACGGUUGACUUUGGGAUGGAAACGUCGGGUGCAAGUACUCGCAUGUGUGAUCUUGUUUUCUGCAAGAUGGAAGUGACCGUUUCUUGGUCUUUGGUUUCUGCCAAGCGGGAUUGA